GAGUUGGAGAGGUUGGUGUGCUCCGCGCAGGAAGAGGCAGAUAACGGUGCUGAGGACCAGACAGGGGUUGCCAGAUCUCUGUUAACGUUCUUUGCAUUUAUUCUAUUUCGUCUUCAUCCUCCGCCCAGUUUCAGUUUCAGCCUUUUUCAAGUUGAUUGUGAGUGCGUCGGAAAGUGGGAAACUCCUUCGGACGUACGUGGAAGACCUGACAUGACACCGGAUAUUUUCCGCCGUAGAGCCUGUUGAUAUUUUAUCUGCACCGCUGUCGGCUUUUAGAGAAAAAUGCAUCAUAACCAGGAGGAGCAGACGGUAAAUCCAAUUACUGCGCAGCACGGGACAGCGCACAACAGUGACUCCAACAACCAGGGGAGCAGCCUCGGCAGCGGCCUCGCUGACCUCCAGCCACCUCCUUAUUCUAAACUGGAGUUCAAGAGACAUGCAGUGACCGAUGAUUAUAAAGUCACGGCUCAGGUUCUUGGCCUGGGAAUCAAUGGCAAAGUGCUGGAGUGUUAUUGCAAGAAAACAGGGGAGAAAUGUGCCCUUAAGAUUCUUUAUGACACUCCUAAAGCCCGCCGGGAGGUGGAGCUGCAUUCGCGGGUGUCUGGAGGGCCCCACAUUGUACGAAUACUCAGUCUCUAUGAGAACAUGCACCUGGGGAAGAAAUGUCUACUCAUUGUCAUGGAAUGUAUGGAGGGAGGGGAGCUGUUCAGUCGCAUUCAGGCCAGAGGAGACCAGGCCUUCACAGAGAGAGAGGUGUCAGAAAUCAUGCAUGACAUUGGCACGGCAAUAGAUUACCUCCACCACAUGGACAUUGCUCAUCGCGAUGUAAAGCCUGAAAACCUGCUCUACACCACCAAGGAGAGCAACGGUACUCUGAAACUGACUGACUUUGGCUUCGCUAAGGAGACAACAGUGCACAACUCCCUCCAAACUCCCUGUUACACUCCAUAUUAUGUUGCACCAGAAGUGCUCGGGCCAGAGAAAUAUGACAAAUCAUGCGACAUGUGGUCUUUGGGAGUCAUCAUGUACAUUUUGCUUUGUGGAUUUCCUCCUUUCUACUCAAACACAGGUCAGGCCAUCUCACCAGGCAUGAAGCAGAGGAUCAGGUUGGGCCAGUAUGAGUUUCCCAACCCAGAAUGGGCUGACGUUUCUGAAGAAGCCAAACAGCUCAUUAUUCAGUUACUGAAGACAGACCCCAGUGAGAGGAUGACCAUUGGACAGUUCAUGAACCAUCCUUGGAUCAGUCAGUCAAUGGUGGUCCCUCCAACGCCUCUGCACACUUCUCGUGUUUUGACUGAAGACAAGGAGCUGUGGGACGACGUGAAGGAGGAAAUGACCAGUGCCCUGGCCACCAUGCGUGUUGACUACGACCAGGUGAAGAUCAAGGACUUAGACACAUCCAACAACCCUCUGCUCAAUAAGAGACGCAAGAGGCCCGUCCCCGGAGGAGCUGACAGAGCAGAGGAGGCUAACCGAGGGGAUGGAGGGGGAAGAGUGGUGUGUAAUAGCAACAGAGAAGUGACUUUUUCUGAAGAACACGGGGAAAUGAUUAUCGGGCAAAAGUAGAAUAAAAGCCAGCAAUAUCUUCCCACGUACAUAUCACUUACUGUACUUUAUAUACGUGUUGUUUUGUCAGUGCACUCAGUAGUCUAAAGAAUGCCAUUUAUUUUUAACCCACACCACUCUAUACAAUUUAAAUAAAGUUUGUUUUUUUACGUUUUA